CCCCUAACAGGAGAAUACUCACUCAUGGACUACGAGACAGAGGAUCAGGAGACUCAAUACUGCUUUCCUGACAUCAACUCAUCAUGUGUUAAGGAACAACGCUCCAUUCAUGAAUAUAAUAUCAUGUAUGUGUUUUUUUCAUUGCUGUCAGCAUGGACUGUGUUUCUGAACCUGCUGGUGAUCAUCUCCAUCUCUCACUUCAAGAAGCUUCACACUCCAACCAACAUGAUUAUUCUCUCUCUGUCUUUAAAUGAUCUGCUUGUUGGGCUUAUCGUGAUGCCUAUACAGGCCAUCAGACUGAUUGAGACGUGUUGGUAUUUUGGACACACUUUCUGUGGAAUCAGUUUAAUAUUAAUUGGUGUGAUUAUAUCUGCAUCUCUUAGUAAUUUGGUUUUAAUUGCUGUUGAUCGUUAUGUGGCUGUGUGUCACCCUUUACUGUACCCACAGAAAAUAACCAUCUCUAACAUGUUGAUGAGUAUCUGUCUGAGCUGGGUUUACUAUUCAGUUUAUAACACUGCCCUCAUAAUUUAUAAUGGAUAUUUUGAAACCUCAGAAAGAACAGACGUGUGUUAUGGAGACUGUUUAGUUAUGAUAAGCUUUAGUUGGAUAGUCACUGAUCUGUUCAUAUCCUUUUUUUCCCCCUGUGUCAUUAUGAUCACUUUAUAUGUGAGAAUUUUCUAUGUCGUUCAUCAGCAAGUGAAGGUUAUAAACUCUCUGAUAAAUGGUGGUAGAUGUGUAAUGGAGAGUUCAGUAAAGAGGAAAUCUGAGAGUAAAGCUGCUCUGACUUUAGGGAUCAUUGUGUCAGUUUAUCUGCUGUCCUGGAUUCCUUACUGUAUCUGUUCUGUAACUGUAAAUUCUUCCACAGCUAUAACUGUUUUAUCAUGGACUGUGUAUGCUAACUCAGGUCUGAAUCCUCUGGUUUAUGCUAUAUUUUACCCCUGGUUCAAAAAGACAGUUAAAAACAUCCUGACUUUGAAAAUAUUUGAGCCGGCAUCCUCUCUGGUCAAUAUUUUUAUGGAACAUGAUCUGUAAUUAAUCUGCCAAUUCUAUCAAUUACAUAAACACAAGAUCUCUUAAAACAAAGCAAAAGCAGCAGUGAUAACAUUGUGGUCACACUUUAAUUCGAUGG